AAGGUAAGAGAAAAGUUGUCCCUCUUAAUAAGAAAAGCUGAUAAUUUCUUUAGAGUACACUCAAAACAAAUGAAGAAUCUAACACAACGACAUAAAAAAUUCUUAAAUUUAUUAAUUUAUUAAUUUCAUAACAAAAAUUAUAACUUAUCCGAAACAACCAGAAGCCCCAUCCACAAUUAGUUCUUACCUGUUGAGUCUUGGUGUUUAAUGAUUUAUAGAGGCCUGUCUGUCUUCACCAAUCUUUUGUUCGAAGUUUAAAUAAUUGCUGCAGUUCAAUAGCUAGUUGAGAAAUUGGGGGAAAUGGAAUGGGCAGUAAGGGUUCAAAUUCUUUCUCAAAUGGGCAUUUCAGAGGUUCCGUCACAAUACAUUCAACCCCCCAAGAACCGGCCUGAAUCUGUAACUGAAAAUAUAGCUGAUUUGAGCUGCAAACAUGUCCCUGCCGUUGAUCUAUGCAGUGAAAAGGAGUCCGUCCUCCCAGCCAUUCGAGAGGCUUGUCGAGAAUGGGGAGCUUUUCAUGUUUUCAACCAUGGGGUACCUACGAAACUGUUGGAUGGUUUGAGGAGAGCCUGUCUUCCUUUUUUCAAUGAUUUCCAGAUGGAGGAUAAACUUAAAUAUGCUUGCAAUCCAAAUUUUGCUGCCUCUGAGGGAUACGGUAGUCGUUUGCUAGUAAGCUCUGAAAAUGAAACUGUUUUGGAUUGGAGGGACUAUUUCGAUCACCAUACGUUACCUCUUUCACGCCGCAAUCCUUCAGCUUGGCCUCAUUUUCCUCCCGAAUACAGGGAAUUGAUGGCUAAUUAUAGCGAUGAGAUGAGAGUGUUGGCUCAGAGACUAUUGGCAUUAAUGUCUGAGAGUUUAGGACUGAAGGCGUCCUGCAUUGAAGAUGCAGUCGGGGAGUUCUAUCAGAACAUAACAGCCAGUUAUUAUCCUCCUUGUCCGCAGCCAGAUUUGACGUUGGGCCUGCAAUCUCAUUCUGAUAUAGGUGUCAUCACGCUUCUAAUACAGGACGAUGUUGGCGGCCUUCAAGUGCUCAAGGAUGGGGAGUGGCUCUUGGUCGAUCCCCUUCCAAAUGCCAUCCUUGUUCUUGUGGCUGACCAAACUGAGAUUAUAACUAAUGGGAAAUACAAAACCUGUGUGCACCGAGCCAUAACAAAUGCAAGCAAAGCCCGUCUCUCAAUCGCCACUUUUCAUGACCCAGCCAAGACUGUCCGAAUAUCCCCCGUCUCUGAUCUUGUGAGUCAAUCUUCCCCACCUCUGUACUCUUCGGUUCUUUACAGAGACUACUUGUCUUCAUGGUACUCAAACGCCCCUGAAGGAAAACGAAAUCUUGACAAGCUCCUGCUUGACACUUCAAAGUAAAUUGAAAACGCCCGUGCUCUCUGCAACUUAACCCUGUAAUCAGUUCAUGCUCUUUUCAUUUCAUAACUCAAAAACAUUUUCAGCUAUUGUUCUGCACUGUAUGCAAUAAAGAAGAGGAAUAAGAACAGUCAGGUGUUAUUUCAUUUGUGCAAUGAGAUAAAGUUUGAUGUUUGCAUUGAAGCUUCAAAAGCAUAGGGGGAUUAGAUGAAGACUACACAAUUACUGAAUUACAGAAGUUGAGGCCUCAUUAUACAUGAAAUGAAAAUAUGUUGUUUUAUAAUAAUUCCAUACACUAUGGGAAGCUCGGUGCUUGGACUUUUUACAAGCAAA